AAAAUGUUUACUGCAAUUUUCCGUGUGCAAAACGAUCGUAGCAAUCUUAUAUUGUAUUCCCCUCAAUUAACGUUGUAGUAAUGGAGAAAAGAUGGACGGCUUGACGUUUGGCUUACACAGACUAGUUCACUUGGACCUCAAGGGUGCUCCGCCGCGGGUGUGUUACUUCGAAAAGCUAUUCCCUCUUUUGAGAACAUGGGGUGCUACUGGACUUCUUCUAGAAUGGGAAGACACAUUCCCAUACAAUCGAGAGCUUGCUCAUAUAGGAAGCAAUGGAUUGAACAAUUUGUCCAUUGGAUACACAGCUCAUGAGGCUAAACAUAUUUUGCAAAUAGCAGCAGACUGUGGUUUAGCAAUUGUUCCUUUGGUGCAAACAUUUGGCCAUAUGGAGUUUGUGUUGAAACAUAAUGAAUGGAAGUCCUUGAGGGAAGUUGAGAAUUUUCCAAGUUCUAUUUGCCCAUCUAAUCCUAGAACAUUGCCUUUGGUAAAGUCCUUGAUUAGGCAGAUAGUUAGCUUUCAUCCGGACAUACAAUAUUUACACAUAGGUGCGGAUGAAGUUUGGCACUUAGGGCUUUGCUCGGUUUGUACAAAACGUGCUGCUGCUAACAAAUAUGGAAAACCAUCGCUAUACCUGGAACAUGUCUCAGCCAUUGCACAAUAUGUACAAGAGACGUAUCCCUACUUAAAAAUUAUCAUAUGGGAUGAUAUGUUAAGAUCUAUAGAUUUACAGGUCUUGAAUGAUCAUUAUAUUGGAAAAUAUGUAGAACCUAUGAUUUGGCACUACAAUCCUAGAGAUAAUUUUGCUUUACCUCCUGGACUAUGGGAUAAGUAUACCGCGGUCUUUCCCCGCAUUUGGGCAGCUACUGCAUUUAAAGGUGCUACUGGAUCUUUACAGCAUGUACCAGUUAUAAGGCACCAUGUUAGUAACCAUGAGAAAUGGUUAGAAGAAUUAAAUAUAAACGUGAAUAAAGUCCAUGAAUUUCGAGGAACAGCCUUUACCGGUUGGUCAAGGUACGACCAUUAUGCAACAUUAUGUGAAUUAUUGCCUACGUCGAUACCAUCGCUAGUAUUGUGUUUGAAAGUUUGGCUUCAUGGUUAUUCUGAACAAGUACACAGUCAAGUGGCUAAAAGCUUAGGAUAUAUAGAUCACCCACUGCACAUAACGCCACAGCCAAGACCCGCACCGAUACCCAGUAAUUUACUCUUUCCUGGUUGGCAAGUUGCAGUGGGUGUAGAGUGGUUCUUAAAUUUUAGAGCUAAAUUCCAUACUAUCGUUGCUAGCGAACAAAUAUCAACAUGGAUGAAUCCGUGGCAAGUCAGCAAUAAUUACACAAAUCCGAUGCAGUUAGAGAAUUUAGUGCCUGCUUUCACAGAAUUAUUGUUGGAAUUAUCUUCCUUAGAAGGAUAUUUAAGAUUCCAAAUGGAAAGUAUUUUCUUUCCAACAACAAUCGACGAAUGGUUAGGUACAAAUAUCCAACCCAUGAAAGAGAAACUCGUAGAAUUGAAACAAACUGCAGAAAAUCAAAUUAAAUUGAACAGUCGAGUUUAAUAUUUGGACAAAGUAUUUCGCGGGGCUUUCUGCUUUAAAUCUCAAUGACCAAUUCUGAUAAAAAAUCAUGAAUACGAAACGAUAGGCUGAUAAACAAAGUAUGAGAAAAAUUAGCGUUAUGUACAACUUUAUCUUACGAGUAGAUAUAUUGAAAAGAUUAAGAAGUAAUAGUGUAUGAUACGCACGGGAUAUAAUUUUAUAAGAGAAAGAUCGAUUAUUUUAAUACUUGCUUGGUAGCGAAGGAACUAGUAACUAUGUCCUUAUCGCCUGAGCUUUGUCAUUCGGCGAGCUAUUCUGUGAUACUGGCUAUGAAAGGAUUGUAACAUAAUUAAGCUCGAUAACCAUACUUCUUGGCUAUUGUAUAUAUCACAUUUGCUUCUAUCUACGUUUGUUGUGCGCAUAGUAUGAUCCAUUGUACGAAGAUUUUACGCGAUACGCAUUAUAUUUCAUUCAGUCUUUUUUAUCACUAAAUUUACGAACUAACUAAAUACUUCUUUUAAAAACAUAUUAUCGAUGUAAUAUAUUGCUAUCUCUAAACGUAGUAGAAGAUCGAAGUAGGCGAAGUUUAGCUGAAAAUAGUAGUAAUAAAUAAAUAAUAACUAUCAAUAUGAUUUUCUUUUUCUCGGUUGACUGUAUUCGUUUUUUACCAUUUCUUUUAUAAUUCACGGCUAUCUCGUAUACACCGUGAAAAACAAAAGAAGGUAGUUGUUGAGGAAAAAAUUUCAGAAAAAAUGGCUUUUUUAAAUUUAUUUCGAAUAAUAUCGUUCUCAAAGUCAGUUGAAUAAAGA